AUGGGCUGUGUUUACUUGUUCAGUUUAGUGUUUCACAGACCCUUAGGUGAGAAGAUUAAGUCAUUCGUGUUCAAACGUUGCGUCAUGAACGUCCUAAUCCCACUGACUUUGUCGGUAUUCUUGCUCAAUCAAAAUAAUGCUUGGUUUAUAAAUCACAAAAAUUCAGGAGGUAUCGAAAAAAGUAAUCUUAAAUCAAUAUGGGAUCUACUAUAUUUUGAUAAAGAAAUAUUGGAACGUAAUAUCCCCAAAGAUACAUUAAAUAAAAAGAAAGUUAAAAGUUCCGACAUAUUUUCAUCUUUAAUGAAACGAACACAAACUUCUUUAACUCCAUAUGAAAGUAUUGAUGUAAUGAGUGACCUGAAGCAGUUUUUUGAUAAUAUAAGUGCUAAUGUUAAGCAAAUGAAAGAAACCCAGCAAUCUAAGAACAAUAUUCAAAGAAAAUAUGAUAUCUCUUAUCCUGGAAAUUAUUUUCGAGGACGUAAACCGUCAGAUAAUGUGAGAAAUUUUGUAAGAUACGAUGAUGGAGAAUCAUAUCGUGGUACAAAUAAUCACGACCCAGGAAUUUUAUGGACAGGACUUGGAAAAAAGAAACGUCGCUAGUAAAUAUGUAAUAUGCCCAACUCAAUCAACAGUAUCUGUCAGUUUUCGUCAAUCUUUACUUGCGCCUAUCAUUAAUCCAACAAUGGACUCAGAUGUAUACUAGUUUGCUACGCAUUAGUGAUGUUUGAUUUUAUUCCAAAAUUUCACUAUACCUAUUAAAAAUAAAGAUGUUUUCACAAUAUA